GGAGACGUUGUCAGAGAAAGUUGCCCGCCUCUUGGUCUGGAGACCCUAAAGAUCACAGACUUCCAGCUCCACGCCUCCACGGUGAAGCGCUACGGCCUGGGAGCGCAUCGAGGGAGACUCAACAUCCAGGCAGGCAUUAAUGAAAAUGAUUUUUACGACGGUGCAUGGUGCGCAGGUAGGAAUGACCUUCAUCAGUGGAUUGAAGUGGACGCCAGGCGCCUGACCAGGUUCACGGGGGUCAUCACGCAGGGACGGAACUCACUCUGGCUGAGUGACUGGGUGACAUCCUAUAAGGUCAUGGUGAGCAAUGACAGCCACACGUGGGUCACUGUCAAGAACGGAUCUGGAGACAUGAUAUUUGAAGGAAACAGUGAAAAGGAGAUCCCUGUGCUCAACGAGCUGCCCGUCCCCAUGGUGGCCCGCUACAUCCGCAUCAACCCGCAGUCUUGGCUCGACAACGGCAGCAUCUGUCUGAGGAUGGAGAUCCUGGGCUGCCCACUGCCAGAUCCUAAUAACUAUUACCACCGACGGAAUGAAAUGACCACCACGGACGACCUGGAUUUUAAGCACCACAACUAUAAGGAAAUGCGCCAGCUGAUGAAGGUCGUGAAUGAAAUGUGCCCCAACAUCACCAGGAUCUACAACAUUGGCAAAAGCCACCAGGGCCUGAAGCUGUACGCCGUGGAGAUCUCCGACCACCCUGGCGAGCAUGAAGUCGGUGAGCCCGAGUUCCACUACAUCGCGGGCGCCCACGGCAACGAGGUGCUGGGCCGCGAGCUGCUGCUGCUGCUGCUGCAGUUUCUGUGCCAGGAGUACCUGGCCCAGAACACGCGCAUCGUCCGCCUGGUGGAGGAGACCCGGAUCCACCUCGUCCCCUCCCUCAACCCCGACGGCUACGAGAAGGCCUACGAAGGGGGCUCGGAGCUGGGAGGCUGGUCCCUGGGGCGCUGGACCCACGACGGGAUUGACAUCAACAACAACUUUCCUGACUUGAACACGCUGCUGUGGGAGGCCGAGGAUCGGCAGAACGUCCCCAGGAAAGUUCCCAAUCACCACAUUGCCAUCCCUGAGUGGUUUCUGUCUGAAAAUGCCACAGUGGCCGCGGAGACCAGAGCGGUCAUUGCCUGGAUGGAAAAGAUCCCCUUCGUGCUGGGUGGCAACCUGCAGGGGGGCGAGCUGGUGGUGGCCUACCCCUACGACAUGGUGCGCUCCGCGUGGAAGACCCAGGAGCACACGCCCACGCCCGACGACCACGUGUUCCGCUGGCUGGCCUACUCCUACGCCUCCACCCACCGCCUCAUGACCGACGCCAGGAGGAGGGUGUGCCACACAGAGGACUUCCAGAAGGAGGAGGGCACCGUCAACGGGGCUUCCUGGCACACCGUCGCCGGAAGUCUGAACGACUUCAGUUACCUGCACACGAACUGCUUCGAGCUGUCCAUCUACGUGGGCUGCGAUAAGUACCCGCACGAGAGCGAGCUGCCCGAGGAGUGGGAGAACAACCGGGAAUCGCUGAUCGUGUUCAUGGAGCAGGUUCAUCGCGGCAUCAAAGGCCUGGUGAGAGAUUUACAUGGAAAGGGGAUUCCAAAUGCCAUCAUCUCCGUAGAAGGCGUUAACCAUGACGUCCGAACAGCCAGCGAUGGGGACUACUGGCGCCUCCUGAACCCUGGCGAGUACGUGGUCACGGCCAAGGCCGAGGGCUUCACCGCCUCCACCAAGAACUGCAUGGUUGGCUACGACAUGGGGGCCACGCGGUGCGACUUCGCGCUCAGCAAGACCAACCUGGCCAGGAUCAGGGAGAUCAUGGAGAAGUUGGGGAAGCCUGUCAGCCUGCCUGCCCGGCGGCCAAGGCUGCGGGGGAGGAGGAGACGGCAGCACGGGAGGCAGCACGGGUGACCCUCCUGGACGGCUGAGACGCGUCCCAGACUCUGGCAAAGGAGACCCGCCUCGUAGUAGCCUGUAGAAGACUCGCUCAAGCUGUUUUCUCUGUAAUUCAAGAAGCGUCUGGCGGGGUGGGGGGUGGAUUGGAGGUUGAUCCGUUGCUGGAGGCUUAGGAUAUUUUCUUUCCUUUGUUCCCAUUUUUCCAAAUACCUUGGACAGAGCAGCAAAGAAGGGCUGGAGGGGGCAGAAUUCGCCAAGUGAACCCCGGGAGGGGGGGGAGCCACUCUGGGUUCAGGGCCUCCCGGCUGGGCUGCGUGUAGAGGGACCAGGGCUUCCCCGCUUGCGUGACAGCAGGAGUUUCCUCUGCAUUUGCGAUUGGCACAGCUGACGUUGCAGCCCUCCUGGAGCCUGCCGUCCCCAGUGCUACCAUUGGAGAUGCUCUUGGGUGCCCUUAGAGAACCCGCCCUCUCUGGCUGGCCCCAGGACAUUUCGAGCUGCUGCAAAUAAAGGCUGCACUCCCACGACAAUAGGGACAUUACCAAGUGAACAUCAGUGGGCCUCGGGGUCAGCCCAGUAUCCCUUUUCAGCAAAGAUUGUGUCCACAAAAGGGGACAGAAGUGCUUGCUGGGAGCCAGGCAGCACUGGGCUUGUCACGUGCAAGCUGGCCCCAAGCCCCCAACUCCCUGCUGGCCCAGCAGGCAUGGGGGGCAGUGUCUGGGGCGGAGGAGAACCAGAGGUGCCGGCCUUCCAGAGGUGCCGCAUGAGUUAGUCUGGUCUCCUCUGUGGCCUGCUGGGACUUGCAAACAGCAGGAGAAGGUCGGCUUCCCAGCCUCUCUCUGCUCCUGCUCUCGGCCUCCCCAGCUGACCUGUCGGGUGGGAGUCACUUUUGAUGUGUGGAAUGCAGGUCUUCCACCUAAGACGGGAGUCCCCGAGAAACCCCGAGGCUUACCCGUGGAGCCUCAGAGUGGGAGGGGGGGUUAUUGGGUUAUCAGCAAGCAAACAGCUAUGUGUCACUUUUUAUUCGUGUUGCUGCCUCAUUGAUCUGGGAAGAAUGGGAAAAAAUAAAGAAAACAAAUGGUAAGAGUC